AUGUUCCUCUCAGUGGUUCUGCUGCUGCCGCUGCUGGUCAGCGAUUCCUACGCUUCACAUUUCUAUGGCGUCAUGAUGACCUACUACCCAACCGGAUCUACUUCUGUUGAGCUUCACUACAAAGUGAGCUAUGACCACUUUGUAGUGGACUUGCACUGGAAACUAUUUGCUAGUGGAAACUGGAUAAGUAACGUACAGAAUAUCAUAGGCUGGAAAGCUGUGACUAAAGUUGAACUAAGGACCCGAUCUGACAUCGGCAAAGCCAACACAUCACCGCAGACGACCAUCCUCCCAGCUCUGAGAGUUCCUUAUAACUGUCAGAGAAACAUAAGCAUGUUGGCCUUUGACCCCGAUGGAGACGAUGUUAGAUGCAGAUUUGCCUCCAGUGCCUCGUCAGAGUGCGACACCUGCACGACUCCGUCUGUCCUCAGCGUCUCGUCUCUCAUCUGCCAGCAGCAGCCAAGGUUCAUAUGUGGUCCAGAUGGUGAUGGAGGACUUUCCCCUGCAGACCAGAUCAGUCUGACCCAAACCAACGGAUCUCAGGAGCAGAGAACGACCAGUGAUGCCAUCAGCAAAAUACCCAUCCAGUUCAUUUUAAAAGUGGUGGCUGCAGCACCGUCCUGCACAGAAGGUCAAUAUCUGCCCAGAUUCCUGAGUCCAACUCCAAACAACAGAGCUCAGCUCUACACACCAGUCAAUCAGAUACUGGUGAUCAACAUCAGUUCACAGGCAACUCAAGCCACAUCGACACAGCUCCUGUACAGCGGGCUGCAGAACGUGGCUAAGAGUUCAUUGGGAUCAGGAAGCUUCACUCUGACGUGGACACCAUCUGUGGCCGAAGAUGGAGAAAGUCACCCCAUCUGUUUCGUUAUCCAGGCAACAAUUGCCAACUACAACAACCCCUAUACCAACUACAACAACCCCUAUACCAACUACAACAACCCUAUACCGACUACAACAACUGAAUCCCCAACUACAACAACCCCUAUAACAACUACAACAGCUCAAUCCCUAACAACAACUACCCCAACACUGACUACAACAACUGAAUUGCCAACUACAACUAUCCAAUCACCAACUAUAACAACCGAAUUCCAGACUACAACCGAAUCCCCAACUACAACUACCCAAUCACCAACUACAACCACUGAAUCCCCAACUACUACAACCGGACCCCCAACUACAACAACCAAAUCCUCAACUACAACUACUCAGUCACCAACUACAACAACUGAAUUCCAGAGUACAACCGAAUCCCCGACUACAACUACCCAAUCCCCAACUACAACAACCGAAUCCCCAACUACAACUACCCCUAUACCGACUACAACAACCCAAUCACCAACUACAACAACCCCUAUACCGACUACAACAACCCCUAUACCAACUACAACAACCCCUAUACCGACUACAACAACUGAAUCCCCAACUACAACAACCCCUAUACCAACUACAACAACUGAAUCGCCAACUACAACAACCCCUAUAACAACUACAACAGCUCAAUCCCUAACAACAACUACCCCAACACUGACUACAACAACUGAAUUGCCAACUACAACUAUCCAAUCACCAACUACAACAACCGAAUCCCCAACUACAACUACCCCUAUACCGACUACAACAACCCAAUCACCAACUAUGAUUACACUUACAUCACUACCUACAAAUUCAACAUCUGCUUCAGGGCCGUAUUAUGUUGUGGUGCUGAAUGGCAAAAUCUCUACCAGUUUGUCAAUGGAAAAUGAUCAUGAGACCGUUGUGAAGCAGAUUAAAGAUGAACUGGUCAGGCGAGGAUUGCCACCAACAAUGAUUGUUCGUCUUCUCAGGGUCGUAACAACAAGUCGCUGAGGCCAAUCAUGUAUUUCAUACCUGGAUAUAACAAUAUAACGUUCUCUGAAGU